CUAGUGAUCAUUGUUUGCUCAUAAAGCUCCAGUGGCUGUUAGAUGCGCCGUUCAGUGGCGCACCCCGGCGAUCAGUAGCGCUGAGCUUUCGUUGCACGCGGCGGCGGUGGCAGCUUUGGGGGGCUGCGUGUUGGUGAGUUUCAGUCAGACGGAAGACGGAGUCUCGGCAGCAGUAGAGUGCUCAAGUUUGGUGCGCGCGCGGCGUUGAACACGCGGUUGAUCCUGUCAACAGAAGAGCAAGUGGCGCGUGCUAGGACUUGAUGCUGUUUAUCAGCGAUGUCAUCUGACGUCAAGGAGGAAAAGACCGACGAGAAGACCGCUGACAGUGGCGUGAUCAAGGAGUUUUGCGGUGGUAACAGGACUCUUUCUUGGCACGAGCACGUCUACAAGAAGCUCACCAAUAAGCCCACGCCGCACCUCAUUGAGAAUAUUCUCGGCAUACAAAACGAAAAACCAGAAACCAAAAACAGAAUGAUCGUUUCCAUUACUGCAACCAUUGACAACCAGGAGGAUUUUCCGAAGUUACAACCCGCCGGAACGGGCUGUGAAAUUAAUGAACCUUUAAAUUUGUCAAUUCGUAGUGACCUUAAAGUGCGAACUAAGACUGUUAAAGAGCCGACGCGAAAGAGAAAAAAGACUCGAGAACCGUUGGAUUUGAAGUUAUCACCGGCCCCCUUGCACCCGCCUCAUCCGACUGAAUCCAUAGCGGAAGACGGUGAUGCUAAAAGUAAGAAGAAAAAAGCUCGGACCACGUUCACAGGAAGACAGAUUUUCGAGUUGGAAAAACAGUUCGAAAUGAAGAAGUAUCUGAGUAGUAGCGAGAGAUCCGAAAUGGCAAAGCUACUUAAUGUUACAGAAACUCAGGUGAAGAUCUGGUUCCAAAAUCGGCGGACCAAGUGGAAGAAGAUAGACAACAUUUCGAAUGCGGAGGCGGCAGAGCAUAAGAAUCACACGAUCCCGAAGGACGGAUCCAAGUCGUCCGACGACGUCAAGUUGAGGACGUACUCGAAGCACGUCAGUCAAAGCUCCAACUCGAGCAUCGAAAGCGACUCGAAGAGUUCGGUGGCGUCGGCGGAGCCGCCGCUCCAAGCGAAAUCUUUCAAAGAUAUUUUGCAAAAUACGCGCACAAACCCGUUGUCUCCCGACCCCCACUUCCAGUCCCAGAUGGACUCUACCAAAGAUGUUCUUUUGAACUUAUCCUUUAAUAUUAAAGACAAAUCCUAAAGACGGGAUGUCUUUUAGUGACAAAUUUGUAACACGAAGAGUACAAUUCCGUUAGUUGCACAUACAUAUAUUAGAAGAAUAUUUUUCAUAACUGAUUUAGAUGUAUUGGUAAACUUCAUAUUUUGUAUGUAAAUACCACUAUGUUUGUAAUGAUCCAUUUCAUGUAAUAUCAUCAUUGAAUAAA